AUGCAAGCACCAAAACAGCUAUCCAAUUUGGAGGAUCUGCAGACUCUUGAGACCGUGGAAGCGAGCAAGGACUUGGCUGAGCAGCUAGCGAAACUUACAAAACUACAGAGCGUGUGGAUUGACAAAAUACAUGCUGUUGACUGUGCAAAUCUUUUUGCUGCACUUUCCAUGAUGCCACUUCUUUCUAGCUUGCUACUCUCUGCAAGUGAUGAGAACGAGGAACUUUGCCUGCAAGCUCUCAAGCCAGAAUCUGAUAAACUCCACAGGUUGAUAAUCAGAGGGUGUUGGGCAGACAAGACAUUAGAGUGCCCGAUAUUUCUUGACCAUGGCAGAAAUCUAAAGUAUCUAGCUAUAAGCUGGUGUGGACUUUAG